AUGGAAUGGAAAACAAUUGAAAACUUCAGUUCUCCACUUUGUGUAUGCGAAAUUAUCGAAUCAUGGAAGAAGAAUCAUGAUCUACAAAAAAUAAUCGCUGAAGAUAACGAAGAAGAGCUAAAAAAGUUGCUGGAAACAGGAUUACAGCUUGGACACAAAUUUUACGUCCUAGAACUCGGAUGUCCAUUAGAAUAUACAAUGAACAUUAUAGAAUACUCCGUUUUUAGGAAUUCACCGAAUUGUUUUAAUUUAUUGCAUAAAAUGGGUCAUAGACUCGAUGGCUGCAUUAAAACAGCAGCAUUAACAGGUAAUAUACAACAUAUCGCUGAUUUGGUCAAGCUUUAUACACCUACAACUGCAGAAAUUCAAGAUUUAGUUGAAAUAUGCAUUCGGUUUCAGCAGGAUGCAGUUUUAGAAUGGGCACUUAAUACAUACAAUAAAGUUAAGCUUACAGAUGUAGACAAACUUAAAUUUGCCGUAAAAUAUAAUAAUUUUCAGAUUCUUGCAAAAUUUAUAGACUCAGAUGACAAUUCAAUGAAUGGAAUAAGACAAAUGUUCAAACAGAAUUAUUCGCGAUUUUGUACUAGAUAUAGGGGCUAUUUCUCGUUCCGACCUACUAAAUCAUCCAGAUAA